AUGUCAUCUACAAUGCUGGCUUUACUUAAGCACAAAGGGACUCCCAUCUUCCGGAGGAAUCCUCGGGUUUUUCCUCCCGCUAAAAGUAAGCUACUUAGAAUCAAACAGCCGCACAUACCGGAUCCCGUGGAAUAUGAACUUUUAAAUCAGUGGUGGCCAGAGUACAAACGACAGAUGGCUGCAAUACAGGACGUCCUUAAGCAUUGUUUUCUCGUUAAUGAGAAAGAGAGUUCAACUCGACGAGAAGUUAGAGAAGAGGCAUUUGAUGAUGAACUCAUUGCAAUCAAUGACAAAUGGAAUGCGGAAGCUAAACUUGCGCGAGAGAACUUCUACCUCCAAGAUUUUAAUGAAAAGAUAACUGAAACUCUCACUAGGCGUAGUGAGUAUGAUCAAUUGGAACUGGAGCGAAUUGAAAAACUUAAGAAAAAACUUUAUUUAAUGAAGGAAUAUGAUAAGACCAUGGUUACUCAUGAAAAUAUUGAUUUCCGUGUAGAUGAAAUUAUGUCUUCAGAACCUGUGAACUACAACCACGCAGUUAAUGAGCGAGGUAAACCUAUUCUUUCAGGAUCUAAAGUCGAAUCCACUUCGCACCAGCCAAUGUAA